CUUCCCUUCCCCACCUGCAAACUUCCAAAUCUCUCUCUUUCUUUCUAUCUCUUCUCUGUCAUCAGAAAUGCAGCCGGAGCAAAUUAUUUCCAGCAAUUCAAAUCCGCAGUUACGAAACCCAGCUACAAAUCGAAGCUCGAAUCAAUCCCUUCCCUCCGAUGUAACUUCCCCACGUCCCCUUUCCCUCCAUUUCCUCGACAUCUCCUACCGCGUAAAACUCACCAAGAACCCUACUGCCGGCGGUCGGCUCAACACAAUCCUUUCAUCUCCGAAUACUCCUUCUUCGCAAGAACGUUCAAUCCUCGAUGGAAUAACCGGCACAGCCGCCGCCGGCGAGCUCCUCGCCGUCCUCGGCCCAUCCGGCAGCGGAAAAUCAACCUUCCUCACCAUCCUCGCUGGCCGCAACAUCCCAUCCUCUGGAUCCAUUCUCGCCAACGGCCGUAAAGCCACCCGAUCCAUCUUCCGCCGGAUAGGAUUCGUUCCUCAGGACGACGUUCUGUACCCGCAUCUCACCGUUAUCGAAACCCUGACCUAUUGCGCGAUGUUAAGGCUUCCUGCUGAUCGUGUGAGGGACUCGGUGGAAGGGGUGAUGGGGGAACUAGGGCUGAAAGGCUGCGCGGAGACGAUUGUGAAAGGAAUUUCGGGAGGUGAGAGGAAGAGGGUGGCUAUAGGGCAUGAGAUGUUGGUGAAUCCGAGUGCGGUGGUGGUGGAUGAGCCGACGUCGGGAUUGGAUUCGACGGCGGCGGGGAGGAUAGUUGAAACUUUGGCCGGAAUGGCGAGGAAAGGAAGGGCGGUGGUCGCGUCGAUACAUCAGCCUGCCAGUAGGGUUUAUAACAUGUUUGAUUCGGUGAUGUUAAUGGCGGAAGGGAGAUGCGUUUAUCAUGGGAGAGGAAGGGAUGCCGUCGACUAUUUCGCUUCGAUUGGAUUUGUCUCAGAGAUUUUCGUGAAUCCGGCGGAUUUCAUGCUCGACCUUGCCAACGGAGUCAGCCGAGUAGACAACCAUGCAGACACAGCAGACAAGGCUCGUAUCAAGCAAUCUCUCAUAUCCUCCUACAACAAAGUGCUUGCCCCUAAGGUGAAGGCCUCAGUGAAUUCUUCUAUUGCUGCAUCAAUGGCUUCAGCUGAAUCUCUGAGAAUAGGUAGUGAAAGAAGUGGUGAAAAGGAAGCAAAAGACUUCACUAGAACCAGCUGGCUCAAACAAUUCUCCAUACUCAUUCGUCGUAGCCUCAAGGAAAGGAGGCACGAGACCUUCAACUCGCUUCGUGUCUUUCAAGUCAUAGCUGCUGCAUUUCUCGCUGGUUCGAUGUGGUGGCACUCAAGCAUUCGUAAUGUACAGGACCGGCUCGGACUGCUCUUCUUCAUCUCCAUCUUCUGGGGCGUCUUCGCCUCCUUCAAUGCCGUAUUUACUUUCCCGCAAGAACGAGUGAUUGUUAACAAGGAGCGUGCGUCUGGAAUGUACUCCCUCUCAUCGUAUUUCAUGGCGAGGAUGGCCGGCGAUCUGCCCAUGGAGCUCAUUCUCCCGACCAUCUUUGUUCUCAUCAUCUACUGGAUGGCUUCGCUUCGGCCGGAGCUCGGAGCUUUCUUGUUAACCAUGGCGGUGAUCUUAGGCUAUGUGCUUGUAGCGCAGGGACUUGGGCUGGCAAUUGGAGCUGUUAUCAUGAAUGCUAAGCAGGCAUCAACAAUUAUUACUAUAACAAUGCUUGCUUUCCUUCUCACUGGAGGAUUCUAUGUGCAGAAAGUUCCAAUCUGCAUGAAAUGGCUGAAAUAUACAUCAUUUACUUUCUACUGUUUCAGACUACUAAUUGGAGUACAAUAUAGAGGAGAUGAGAUUAGUUUCUACCAGGGUUUAUCACAUAAUCAUGAAAGGAUUAGCAGCAGAGAGGCUGAGGUAGAAGGCCAGGUCAGUAUAAUGGUGAGCAUUUUGGCUUUGAUUAUGAUGUUUGUUGGGUAUAGGAUUCUGGCAUAUGCAGCACUGAGGAGGAUCAAAAUAUAAGCAUAUAAUAAAAAGCAAAGGAUUUAUCAUAAUUGAAUUAGAAUUAGCAGAAUCACUGGCUUCAAAUUUCUUUUUGACCAGAGAAUAAAGCUUUGGCUUCUUAGCUAAUCUUAACAAGUCAAAAACAAGAAUGGUUUCUAUCAGAGAAUAUGAACCUCACCUUAAGCACUGUUACUGUAAGCCUUAAUUCAGCUCUGAAACUAAAAACUGGCCAGCCACAUUAUUUACAUUAAUAGCUCCUAUGUAAAGAUAUGUAAAGCCACUGUGUAUGCAUAGAAAGUUAUGCAAGGAGUAGAAAUUUUCUGAGACAUGGUGGUGGGUAGUUUUGAUUGAAUAUGGGAAGUAGAGAAGCAGAUAUGUCAAAAGUAUGUUUCCUUCGAGCUUUGGAUGAUGGAAGAAAAUUAUACUUAUAUUCUAAGCAUGUUUAAGGGGUUC